ACAGCAGAGCAAGUAUUAACACGACACGUAAGAUUCUUUGGUUUCGUUUUCGAUUUCCAUUGUAAAGCUUAACUUCUAUAAAUUAGUCCAUUUCUCUAUCAUGCCUCACAUCUCAUAUCUCACAGUUUAAACUUAUUCCCUACUCUCUCCCAUUUUCGGACACCACCACAAGUCAAUUUUCUCUCUCGCUUGAAGAUGAAAUCUUACAUGCUCACGUUGUUGCUGUUUGCAUUCCUGUACUUAGGAGUGAACUCAACCACUCUUAACGAUGAUAUGAUAACUACUCUACCUGAUCAGCCAAGGGUGAAUUUCACCCAGUAUGCUGGAUACCUGACGGUUGAUGAAAACAACCUUAAAAAUUUAUUCUAUUACUUCGUGGAGGCUGAAGUUGAUCCGGCCUCCAAGCCAGUGGUUCUAUGGAUUAAUGGCGGACCCAUAUGCUCUACAUAUGGAGGGGGAGCUUUCACCGAGAACGGGCCAUUCAGGCCCACAAGUACUGGUCGACUUGUAAAAAAUCCAUACAGUUGGAACAUAGAGGCCAACAUGUUGUAUUUGGACUCUCCUGCUGGAUUUGGAUUUUCCUAUUCGGAAGAUCCUUCUGAUUAUUUUACGAAUGAUAAACUUACCGCAACGGAUAACCUCGUUUUUCUUGAACAUUGGUUCAAUAAAUUCCCCCAAUACAGAACCAAUGAUUUUUUCAUCACUGGGGAGAACUAUGCAGGUCACUAUGCCCCGCAACUUGCAGAGCUUAUCCUCCAAUCCAGGGUUAAUAUCAAUCUGAAAGGGAUAGCCAUAGGAAAUCCCCUUCUUGAAUUUGAUACCGACUUAAACUCGGCUAUUGAAUUCUUGAGUUUGAAAGGACAAAUAUCAGAAGAAACAUAUGAAAUGUUGAAUACUGAAUGCAACAUGGCAACCUUAAAGAGACAAUUUCAAUCAGGGAAUUUUAGUACCAGUUGUUCCAAAGUGAAUUUUGAAUUGUCAAAGGAUCGGGCAUAUACGGACCCUUUUGACGUGUAUGCUGAUAUUUGUCUACCUCCACACGAACGACAAGCAUACAUGUUGACUGAACCGCAAGCUGGAGACAUAGAUGUAUGUGUGGGAGAACAAACAGCCACAUACAUGAAUAGAAUGGAUGUGCAAAAUGCUAUGCAUGCCAAGCUUGUGGGUGUCAAAAGUUGGUCAUCAUGCAGCGGUGUUGUUGUGUAUGACAUUCAAAGCCUCGAGAAUUCAACCGUAUCUAUACUAGGGACACUUGUUAAGUCAGGUGUGAGGGUACUAGUAUACAGUGGUAAUCGGGAUUCUGUGAUUCCAUUUUUGGGGACACGGUCCUUAAUAAAUCAUUUGGCCGAGGAUUUUGGAUUUAAAACCACAAAGCCCUUUAAAGCCUGGCUUGUGGGAGGAGAGGAUGCUGGAUGGACUAUGGAGUAUGAGGAUAUUCUCACAUACGCAACUGUCAACGGAGCGGGUCAUUCGGUUCCUUUUUCUCAGCCAGAGAUAGCUUUGAAGAUGAUUCGGACUUUUCUUAAAGGAAAAUCACUUCAAAAUGAACUGUCAAAUAACCAAGCAAUCUAAACUGUGGCAAAUGUAUUGAGUCCAAGUUGCUGAUAUAAUGCAGCUCUGCUGUGGCCUUCUGUGUUUCUGCUCCUUUGCGGUUGGAGUUUCGCGUCGCAGAGGAUUCAAGUUGGCUCAGGCGGUAGUUUUGUAUCUGCUGGAAUUUUGAAUUGUCCAAGUCCAGGUGGUUGGCUGUUAGUCUGCAGCAUAAUUUCUUUUCUGAAUCUAUCAUCGCAACAAUGUCGUAGCUGUAUCAUUGUAUAGGAUGUAUUUAGAAUGUUACUAAGUUUUGUUCUUGAAAUUUUUUAUGUAAGCUUAUGUCUUUUGAUUUACUUUCUCUUCUUAUGUAUAAAGAACCACUAUGUUUUAGGAUUAA